GUGAGCUUUCCAAAAAGUUGAGCCAAAUGUCGAAAUUCUCUCUCCACCUCCCGAACAGGAGCCCAGUGUCGGCUGUUUCUCGGUAUAUGAGCAGCACGAACCAAGUAAUGGUUGUGGAACAGAUGCUUGUUAAUGAGCCUCCAUUGGUUCAAGCAUGUUUCCAUGGCGACCCAGAUGAGGUGCGAGCUCUCCUUUAUAAGAAGGAGGACGUCAACUAUCAGGACUCCGAGCGGAGGAGCCCCCUUCAUGCUGCAGCAUUCUGUGGCGAGGCAGAAAUAGCUGAACUCCUAAUUAUGAGCGGUGCUCGUGUGAACACGAAGGAUAACAAAUGGCUGACACCGCUGCACCGGGCUUGCUGCUCAAAGAGUGAUGAAUGUGUCGAGACGUUAUUACGCCACCAAGCUGAGGUCAAUGCGCGAGACAAAAAUUGGCAGACUCCCCUCCACGUUGCAGCGGCAAACAACGCGCUGAAGUGUGCCGAAUACAUCAUACCAUUGUUGGCAAAUGUGAACGUGUCAGAUCGGAUGGGGAGAACGAGUCUUCAUCAUGCUGCAUUCAAUGGCCAUGCCGAUAUGGUGCAGUUAUUACUUGAGCGAGGAGCUACAAUCAAUGCAUUCGACAAGAAGGACCGGCGAGCCAUCCACUGGGCGUCUUAUAUGGGUCACGUUGAGGUCAUCAAAAUCUUAGUGAAGUACGGCGCAGAGUUGACGUGUCGAGAUAAGCAGGCUAACUCACGGUGGGCCCAAGUCCGAUUAGCCGUAGCGCAAAAUUAUAUGAACUCACUGAUGUACACCCCACUCCACGUGGCCUGUGCCGGCGGUAAGGUCAGUGCCGUGCAGCUUCUCCUGGACCUCGGUGUCGAGGUUGAUGCCGUCAAUGCCUACGGUAACACAAGCCUCCAUGUUGCUUGUCUGAAUGGUGAAGAUGUUGUCGUGGGGGAGCUACUCACGCAUGGAGCAUUGCUGGAUGUCACCAAUCACAAAGGACAGACUCCCCUCCAUUACGCAGCGGCGUCGACCCAUGGUGCGAUGUGCAUGGAGAUACUCGUCAGCGAGAAGGCAGACGUCAAUGCCAAGUGCCAUGAGAACAAGACUCCGCUCCACAUGACAGCACUCCAUGGCAGAUUCACCAGGGCCAUAACACUUAUCGAGAAAGGUGCUGACGUGGACGCGGUCGACAAGACGGGUAACACCGCGCUACACAUAGCAGCGCGCUACGGCCAUGAGCUACUCAUCGAUACGCUAUUGUCAAACAGGGCUAACCCGCUGAGGAAGGGGCCUGCAGGGAUGCUGCCCAUCCACUUGGCCGCUCUCAACGGUUACCUGGACUGCGUCAAGAAGCUGUUGGCCAGCUCUCUCGAGUUUGAGAUUGACAUGGCUGACGAGCUGAGCAGGACAUGUCUGCAUGCCGCUGCAUGUGAAGGCAAUGUAGAAGUGGUGGACUUCCUCCUAUCGGCGGGGGCAGACUUCAGUAUUAGAGAUGCGUACGGACGGACUCCGCUCCAAUACGCCGCAGCUCACACAAAUCUCCAGUCUGUGUUGUCGUUGAUUGCGGCCGGCACGAACAUCAAUAUCCAAGAUUCGAGAGGAUGCAGCGCAUUGCAUUAUGCCGCUGCUUUUGAUUCAGAAGCGAAGGUUGUUGAACAUCUGCUUCGCCACGAUGCAAACGCCUGUCUCCGCGAUUGCGAGGGUUACAAUGCCGUCCAUUACGCUGCACUCAACGGUCAUAAGACAGCAUUAGAAAUGCUGUUAGACCUAGCAGCUACAGACCUCCUGUGCCAUGGUGCUGGAUCACCACCGACCACUCCCCUUCAUUUAGCCGCAUACAGCGGUCACGUCGAAGCCAUCCAAGUGUUAAUGAACUACAUCAUCAACCUAGACAUUCAGGACAAUCAGGGUCGUACGCCCCUCCAUCUGUCUGCAUGUCGCGGUCACACGGAAUGCUGCGAAAAUCUCAUCAUGUCUGGCGCGACGAUCUUGGCUAGAGAUUGUGUGUCGAAGGCAACUCCACUUCAUACGGCGGCUGCGUAUGGUCAAGCUGAUUGUCUCAAGUUACUCAUCCAGAACUGCGAGGAUCCCGACACUGUUGACUGUCUCGAUGAGAUGGAUCGCACCCCACUCAUGAUCGCAGUUGCCAACGGACACAUUGAUGCAGUCUUAUUACUCAUCUCUCAGGGCGCUAAUAUUCAGGCCAUGGACGCGUUUGGGCGGACUGCCCUUCAUCGUGGAGCUGCCAACGGCCAUGAAGAAUGCAUCGACGCGCUACUCCACCACGGCGCAGACCAUUCCAUACGUGACUAUCGCGGCCGCACAGCCGUACAUCUGGCAGCGGCGUGCGGGCACGUCGGGCUCCUCGGCUCCCUCAUCCAAGCCGGCCCGAUUGACAACCUCUUGGACCGGCAGACGUACACACCGCUCCACUGGGCGUGUUACAACGGACACGACACGUGUGUUGAGUUGCUAAUCGAGCAGCCUCAGCACAAGGAGUUCUUCGGAAAUAACUUCUCACCUCUACAUUGCGCUGUGAUAAACGGAAUAGAUACAUGUACAGAAUUAUUACUAGAUACCUUAGGAGAAAAAAUCGCCAACACGCAAGAUGACAAGGGUCGGACUCCUGUCCAUGCCGCAGCGUUUGCUGAGCAGUGUGAAUCGUUACAGUUAUUGCUUAGCAACGGAGCAGACGUCAAUAUAACGGACCGACUUGGGCGGUCCCCACUCAUGUUGGCAGCAGCGAAUGGAAACUGUGGUGCUAUAGAACUUCUGUUGGAUAAUGGUGCUGACAUGUCAAUAACCGACAAAAACAAAAACACCGUCCUGCACUAUGCCUGUGCUUUCGAUGACGAGAGUGGCGCCCUCUUGCUCUUGGAUAAAGUAGGCGACAAGUCGAUUGUGAAUAAAACAAAUAUAGAACUCAAAACACCGCUACACUUAGCCGCGAAGAAUGGCUUGGUGUCUGCCGUUCAGAUGCUGAUUAGUAAAGGAGCCAGUGUUUUAGUUGUGGACGACUGUGGACACACGCCAGCGUUGGCAUGUGCUGCGAAUAACCGUGUGGCAGAUUGCCUGGCGCUCAUCUUGGAGCACAUGAUGCCGUUUGGAACCAAUUCCAUAAUGAUGAAGAGCAGAAGCCUAGGAGGCACAGUGACACUCAAUGGCAAAAUUUGUGACGAAAAUGCAACAGACGUUCCAGAUAAUCUCGACAGUUUAGAAGGCAGCCAACCAGACUUGAAAGAAAGACCUGGAUCUCUUCAGAGCUCAGACUCCGAGUUUUACUGAGGGACAAGCCACAGAGUGAAAUCACAUUCAAACCAAUCAUCAUGUUGUUAGAGCUGUAUUAAGUUUGGACUCUGAAGUUGUAAUUGGUUCCAGGCAAAAGGAAGUUUCAUUGCGUUUUUAGCUCACCUCUUAGCAGAGGUGAGCUUAUCCCAUACCGUGGCGUCCGUCGUCCGUCGUCGUCGUCGUCGUCGUCGUCGUCGUCGUCGUCGUCGUCGUCGUCGUCGUCGUCGUCGUCGUCGUCGUCGUCGUCCGUCGUCCGUUAGCAGGGCACGUUUCGUAACUGUUAGAGCUAUUGAGUUGAAACUUGGUACACAUGUACCCUUAUGUAAUGACACCUUGGAGACCAAGUUUCGGUCCGAUUCGUUUCAUGGUUUGGCCACCAGGGGGCCAAACGUUAAAAGUGAAAAUAUGCAAUAUCUCCCUUAAUAGUAGUCGGGAAAUUUUGAAAAAAAUAUGGUAGGUACUUCUAGCAAAGGUGCAUCAUAUAUCCUCCGGGUUUUUGAUUUGACCUCCUUUUCAAGGUCACAGAGGUCAAAUGGUGUAAAUUGGCCGUUAGGAUGUAACGAUGGCACGUUUCUAAACUGCAAUGACUAUUGAUACCAAAUUUGGUACACAUUUACCCCUUAGUCAGGUGAUCUCAGGGACCGAAGUUUGGUCCAAUAUGAUUCACCACUUGACCACCAGGGGGCAAAAUCCAAAAACCUUAAAAAUGUGAUUAUUCCUUAACUUCUUGCCCGAUUGCCACCAAUUUGAUAUCAUGGGUACAUCUAACCACCAUACAGUAUAUGUCA